CUGUGUUGAGGUUUGUGUUGAACUCAUUCAGCACUAGAUGGCAGUGUUUGUGUUUUACUGAGAAAACAUUGAAGACAACGUCGGUGGAAUGACGCUGUGGCUCUCGACGUUGAUUCAGAGAAGUUAAAAGAUACUUCCUUCUCUUUCUGUGUGGAUCGUGUGACAAAGAACAAGUGUGUUGAAGUACUGUGUGAAUUGAAUUGAUGUAUUUGGUUAUGGGCCCAGAUUUCGCCAUACCGUUAACGAACUUAUCAGAAUGGCUCAAAACUACUCUUUGGAUGCUAUAAAGCAUUUAAGAAAGUUUGAUGGAACUCAAUUCACUACGUGGAAACACAACAUGGAAAUGUUGUUUACUCUCAAACAACUGAGACAAUUCAUUCAAGGAGAAGACAACGAACCUCAAGAAAUCUUUGCUGGUGAAGGAGAUCUUCGUGUAGUCACCAACCAGGAAUUGAUCAAUCAAUGGAAGACAACUGAUUGCUACGGCAGAUUUCUCAUAUUCAAUUGCUGUGAUGAGACUAGAAAGUUGGCACUUCUCAACUGUAGAACUAGCUACGACAUGUGGACUCGGUUGGAAACCCAAUAUCUUCAACGGGCUGCAGACAACAAACAUCUCUUACACAGAGACUUCAUGAAUCUGAGACCAGUCGACAACCAAGAUAUCAUGAUUCACAUCACUGAAUUAGAAUCCAAAGCCGCUGAACUCAAUGAUCUUGGAGUGAUGGUGUCAGAACACCACCUCAUCACUACCAUUUUGUGUAGCCUUCCUGAACGAUUUGCCAAUCUGACGUCCAUUUGGGACAAUCUCCCUGACGCUGAUAGAACAAUGGUAGCACUGCGUGCUCGCAUUGUUGGGGAAGAAAGAAGAUUCAACAACAGUCAAGGACAAUCAAAUGCUCGAUCAUUGAUUUUGAAUUCAGACACAGGACCCCCUGACAAUUCCAUUGAGAGUUCUGCUCUGUUUGGCAACGAUUCACGUGGAAGAGGACACUUUCGUGGUGGAAGAGGCCAGUCAAGAGGGCACAUGAGUAGCGAAAUCAAUCGGGAUCUUGUCUCUUGCUCAUACUGCGGGAAAGACCGCCAUCUUGAAUUCGAAUGUCGAACUCGUAUUUCCAAUGAAAACGAGAAAACCAAGUCCAGCUCCUUUCACUACAAACGGCCCAAAGAUGAUCGGGACACAACUAAUUCAUCCGGGAAGAAAGUCGAUUUUUCCCUCAUCUCUUCAUGUUGCUUGACAGCUAAGAAUUCGAAGGACAUUUAUCUUGAUUCUGGUGCAACUAGGCACAUGAGUGGUGAUGAAUCCAUGUUAACUGAUCUACGCAUUAUCGCUGACAAUAGCUGGCCUGUGAAUGGAAUUGGUGGUACUGUCCUUUAUGCCCGUGGAAUUGGGACUAUGCGACUUGUCCGACACGUUGAUGAUUCGUCUACAUUUCGUGAAGUUAAAGAAGUUCUGUUUGUUCCUGGACUGGGCGUGAAUCUCAUCUCUAUUGGUUGCUUAACCAAGAGUGGAUUUACAGUUUCUUUCUCUGGCCUACAAGCUAUCAUCAAACGAAACAAGACGACCAUUCUAACAGCAUCCCGGUUUGGGGAGACUCUAUAUCGUGCUGAAGCUACUCUUGCUCCUCUCACUGACGUCCGCCUUGCAGCAUCUCCUGCUACCGUCGCUACUAUGCACCACAUUCCUUACUGCCAACUCGUGGGGAGUAACAUGUACGCGGCUCUCAAAGUUCGACUCGAAAUUCGACCAGACGUCAUCUUCAUGGCAAGUCAACUUGCUCAGCACCUUCAUAAUCCUACCAUAAUCCACUGGAAAGCUGCUAAACGUAUUCUUCAAUACCUCGGCACAACACGCUACCAUGGUCUCGAGUUCGGCAGUAAGGGCCAUGACAACACCACCGUUGUUGCAUUUUCGGACGUAGACCACGCUGGGGAUGCGGAUUCAAAACGGACCACCACUGGAUACAUUCUCGCUCUUAACGGAAGGGCAAUCAGCUGGUGUUCUCAACGUCAACCCGUUGUCGCCACAUCUACCAUGUAAUCGGAAUAUUUUGCUGCUAGUGAUUGCUCAAGAAAAUUGGUGUACGUGGGGAUUAAACUUCGAUGGGGAGAUACGUUAAAUUAAGCUGUUGAAUCCUGUGCCGAUUGAGAAUUUUGUGUAAACUGAAUUCAAUUUUUCAAAUCAAAGUUUCUGUUCUUGUUUGAGAUAUGAAACACUUGGAUUUAUCGUUUAUGUCAAAAUUAAUCUUCAAUCAUUUUUAUGUGUUUAUAUUGAUGGUGACUUUAUCUGAGUUCUGAAUGAGAGAGAGUGUUGAGGUUUGUGUUGAACUCAUUCAGCACUAGAUGGCAGUGUUUGUGUUUUACUGAGAAAACAUUGAAGACAACGUCGGUGGAAUGACGCUGUGGCUCUCGACGUUGAUUCAGAGAAGUUAAAAGAUACUUCCUUCUCUUUCUGUGUGGAUCGUGUGACAAAGAACAAGUGUGUUGAAGUACUGUGUGAAUUGAAUUGAUGUAUUUGGUAAGACUGAUAUACAACUUAUCUCCUAUGCUAAUCAGGAGUCUAAAUAUACACUCUACGCGAGUAUUCAAACUGA